AUGAAGUUAGAUACUCGUGCCAUCCGGUAUUUGACCGGUGAAGACUGGCGAGUCCUAACUGCUGUCGAGAUGGGAAGCAAAAACCAUGAAGUUGUUCCAACAACGUUGAUAUCACAGAUAUCUGGUUUGCGCGGUGCAAGUGGAGUCAACAGGAGCAUCUCAAACCUCGCAAAAGUUGGACUUAUCGCCAAAGUCAAGAAUGCAAAAUAUGACGGCUACCGACUUACAUAUGGAGGGUUGGAUUACCUCGCCUUGAACGCAUUCAUCAAACGAAAGUCUGUUUAUUCCAUUGGGAACCAGGUUGGUGUUGGGAAAGAGUCUGAUAUCUAUGUGGUGGCCGACGAAUCCGGGAAGCAAAUAAUCCUUAAGAUACACCGGUUGGGACGGAUAUCUUUCAGGACCGUCAAGGCAAACCGGGAUUAUCUGCGUAAUCGUAACUCCGCGAGUUGGAUGUAUAUGUCGCGCCUCGCAGCCAUGAAGGAGUUUGCGUUCAUGAAGAUCCUGAAAGACAAUGGGUUUCCUGUACCGACACCAUUGGACCAAGCUCGACACUGUGUCCUCAUGGAGCUGAUAGACUCAUACCCACUUCGGCAAGUCACAUCGAUAGCAGACCCCCCUAAACUGUAUGCCGACCUUAUGGCUUUGAUCCUACGGUUCGCAUCCCAGGGCCUGAUUCACGGAGAUUUCAAUGAAUUCAAUAUCCUUGUCAACGAGGAGACACAACAGCCAGUUGUUAUCGACUUUCCACAGAUGGUCUCAAUUGAUCACACCAAUGCAAAGGAAUAUUUCGACAGGGACGUUCAAUGCAUUAAAACAUUCUUCGAGCGCAAGUUUAAAUUUAUCAGUGACGACGAGGGACCAACCUGGGACGAUGUCAAGCGAACAGGAAAGCUUGACAUUGAAGUCGAGGCUAGCGGAUUUUCCAAGAAACAAGCCAAAGAGCUGGACAAAUACCUCCAGCAAGUCACACAGCUUGACGAGAGGGAGGGUGGUGAAGCUGGAGACAUCUCCCCGGAUGAGGAUGACGAAGAUGAGAUAGAACAAAGUAGCGACGUAGAAGAGGACGAUGAUGAGGAGGAAGCAGAAGGAGAAAAAUAUGGGGGCGAGCAUAGCAAUCUUAGCAAAGAUAAUCCUGAAAUGAAAAAUGAGGCUAAGACUCCACGGGCUCUUAGUUCCGGGGUCUGA